AUGAGCGGACAUUGCCUGUGCUGUCUCGACCUCCCGUGGAGUCCUGGCCGACCGGAGCGACCCCCCCACUCCGAUUAUUAUGCUCUCCACAAUUCGACUAUAGCACCAGCAAACAUCUCCUUUGACGCAGCCGUGCCCCCGACGACAUACUCCGCAGCCGUACCGCCAGCGGAAGCCUCGACCCCAGCUCCACCCAAAGCCUCCGCGAGCAAAAAGGCCCAAGCCCCUGCAGCCUCCACUAGCGCAGAUCACAAUGCUGGCACCAAGGUUCGCAAGCAGCGCAAACCUGCCAAUGCGUCGACGGGCAAAUCGACUCUCUUCUGGGUCAAUACGGACCCUGAGUCUGCCUCGGGAGGAACGAAGGAGGAGACAUUGAAGCGUAUCCGCUCGCAUGUCAUGUCCGAGCAUAACCGCAAGAAGCGCCUGGAGAAUACGAAGCGAUAUAAGAGUAAGACAUGGAAGCAUCUACCCUUCCAGCCCCCAGAACAGAUCGCCGGGGCUAUGGGCCCGCCGCGUCCGCCGCCAACAGUGCCGUUGACUUCCCCGUCUUCGCGGCCGCGGUCUGGGUCCGCCUCCGGGUCGGCCUCCAGUCAUCGGGGCUCCUACGUGGAGACCCCGGUGAUCAAGUCGGAAUUGGUUCCCGUGUCAAAUACGGUCAUUUAUCAGACGCAGGCGAUCGCCGAGACGGAGACGUGGGAUGAACAUAACUUGGAAGACUUUGACGGCGUUGUAGGAUACCAGCCGCAGGCAACGGCGCCCCCGGUGUGGACAUAUGUGGGACCUGGUGCCCAUGACCCUUUUAAUACAGGGCACACUCAACUUACAGAUAGGAUGAUGCGUCAUUUGCAAAAUUUCCUCUCGGAAUUAACACAAGAGGCUCAUCCCCUACAAAUGCGAUAUAAACCAAAACUCCAGGCACAUUGGUCGACACUCAUCCAGCGCGACCCUGCUAUCCUACACGCGACGAUUUGCAUGUCCACGUCCAAUGCAGCUAUGCAACGGGGUGAGCUGCCCAUUCGAGAUCCCAGCCAACAUCGCAGUGCGCUUGUGGUUGAUACAAUUUACCACCGCGGCGAAACCAUCCGAUUGGUAAACGAAGGUCUAUCAGACCCGGUGAAAGCCUCCAGUGACGAGCUGAUCGCCGCGGUGUCUACGCUGUUAAUAAUCGAGAUUGCAUCGGGCAAUCCUGACUAUCUGAAGAUCCAUCUCGCAGGUUUACGACAAAUGAUCGGCCUGCGGAAGAAUUUCGCAGACGUCCCAUCGGAUGUCCGGUUCCAAAUAUCCUGGACUGAUAUACGCGUCGCUUGUAUGGCUCUCACGAAACCUAUAUUCCCCUUUGUCCGAUCCAUCCGGCCUGCGGGCUUUGAACUCUUCCCACCCAACGAUGAUGUUGCACUACUCGCAACUCGGCUAUACCCGCUGAUGAAGAUCCCAGGCAUCUUCAGCGACCGCUUCUCCCAAAUCCUCAAGGACCUGGUCGAGCUCUGCUGGUACGCAGAAUGGAUCAAAGGCACCACCGCCUACAGGGAAUUCAAUGACGAAACUGAAGACUACUUUAACUUUGAAGUGCUCUCUGUCGAAUACGCCCUUCACACGGACCGGUACACACCUACCGGCCAAGCCAAGGGUGACAACUCCAUCGAGGGCUGCACCCGCCUCGCCUGUCUCUGCUUCCACAACAGCGCCAUCUGGAGCUUCUACCCCAUGAUGGCCCCUCUCCUCCCCAAACCCAUUCUGGCUCUGCGCACCGCCCUGGAAGCAACCAUCCCGAAUCAACUCUUCGCGCUCUGCCACGAACUUCUUUUCUGGCUCCUCUUUAUUGGCGCCGCCUGCAGCCAAGUCAUGCCCGCUGAGCGGUCGUACUUCGUGUCGCAAUUGGCUGCCGCCGCCCGUCUGCACCGCAUUAGCACUUGGCAGGAAGCUCGUGUCAUCCUACUAGGCUUUUUCUACACCGACCGUGUACAUCUUCCCAUGCUACGCCAGAUCUGGUCCGAGGUCCAGCUGCAGUGGGAUCUGUCGCCGGUGUGA